AUGUCCACCUUCUUCCCUCAAGUCAACAUCCCCGCGCUGAAGAAAUUUGCCGCCACAGCUGCAGCGAAGCAGCAUCCAGUCAAAGCGACAAAUAAACGGCGUCCGAAGGUGAUACCAACCCCAGUGGUGGCGAGCAUCGAAGACGUGAAUUGGGCUGGAGAAAAGAUGAUUCAGAUUACGUUCGAACGCACCUCUAUACCUCUUGGGCCAUACAUCAUGAUGGCAUAUUUUCCUCGGGGACGCCAGAGGUUAACAACGCAGGCUGUGUUGGGCAUGAUGGCCGCUGUCAGAAAUUCGUCCUUGAAGAUCGAGGUGCCCAAAAUCUAUGGGUACAUGGACCUCUUACCCAAUGAUGUGGGAGCUGAGGUAGUCCUCAUGGAAAAGACAACCGGAGAAAAUCUUCAGGAUGUGUGGCCCACCCUGACGCCCGACGAAGAACUCAAAGUCUGUAGCAAGCUGGCCGACCUGCUAUUGAAGUUGUUCAACACCCGCGGAAGGCUGAUCUGCACCGACCUUCUUGGUACAGGCAUCGACACCUCCGUAUUCAGCGCCCUCCUACAGGAAGGACAGCAACACCAGAGCCCUGAUGGGCCCUCACCGUUGAUUUUAUCGCGCCCGUUCAACGAGCCACCGCUGGAUAGAAUGAUCCCACAAUAUGCACUAUCCACUAACGCUGACUAUCUAACAGCACUGUGCUGGCGCAUUGCACGCCUUUGCGGUAGCACUGAGGAUAUCAUCGCUCGAGCCCGUGACACAGGGUUUGCAGAUAAUCCCCUACUAACAAUAGAAGACAUGGUACAAGCCAGAGAAACGUUCAGGCGGCUGGCCAGUAUAAUCCCACAUCAUAUCGGAGGGUUCUACAUCCCGGGGACGCUCUCUCGCGAAGCGAGGGAGGAGGCCUAUUCGAUUCUGCAACACAGGAAAUUUGGCAUCUGCCACGGUGACAUGCAGAUGCACCAUCUCGAGCUCGUGCUUUGCACGGGGUGGGAACAUGCAUUCCGUGCGCCACUUUGGUCAUGCGCGCGCAUGCCACUCUGGCUCACCAACCGGCCAAUCUUGAACGAGCCCAUUUCCUGGGAUCGCCAAAGAGAAUUACGUAACGCCAUCUACGACAUGAUGAAUGAGCCCAGUAGAAUAGAGAGUGCCCGGGAGUGGAUCAUUUCGCACGUAUAUGGACGUACCGAGCGGUGGUUCGAGGGAUGCGUCAGCGCGCAUUGGAUGUACGCUCGGAACAUUGAAGCGAAUUUAGUGGACCUCAAGAAGUAUUGGGAAUUUUGGCGUUCGGACAUCGAGUUCCCGUUCCCGGUGGGACUGGAGCACACUCAGCAACGGCAGGCUCUAUCCCAUGGGUGGGCAGACGAACCCAUCACUGCACCCGUUACUGAAGAACUGUCUAUUCCUCUCCUUUCUGCGAGUCCUCUUGGAAUUUUGAUUGGAAUGAGUAGAUCUUGAAGCGCAUGUGACCUCGAAGCUGACAUUGGAAUGUCUCCUGUUAAAGUGUAUUGUGUACGAUGGUCAAUGGAUUGUACAGUAUGUCGGAUAUCUCCUCACAGAGUCUUUCAUGCAUUUCAAUAUAAAAACCAUUUUGCACGCAGGCGAGCAAAUACUGGUGCCUUUUUAGAGGUAGAAGAGACGGUCGAGAGUAAUACAUUAAAGUUUAAAUGUCUGGGGCCCUGUAUACACAGAUCUAGACCGUUGUGGAUGCGGGAGACGUUCGGGACAUG